CUCCUCAGGAGUUUUGUUUAUAAUCCCAGUGCGCACAAAAAAUGUCGCGACGACUUCAUGGCCGCCAUGUCCUCGACUGAUUCCUCUCCUUCUGCCCUCAAAUUAUCUACCCAGGACCUCUACAGACUCCUUGAACCUAUAACAGUUCCGUCCCACUCUCCACGGGCCAGGUUCACAAACUGGGGUCUCAGUUUCACCUGCAAACCUCUCGCAGUUUUCGAACCAGAGAACGACUACCAAUGCGAGCUCAUCCUCGAGCUCGCUCGUCGAGAGGGCAAGGUCCUCCGGGCCGUCGGUGUCGGACAUAGUCCGAGCGACUUGGCUUGCACCAACGGUUUCAUGCUGAGGGCGACCAAAAUGAAUCACAUUCUGGAGGUCAACGUGGAGAAGCGCUACGUGAUUGCCCAAGCUGGAAUCACCCUCAACGACCUGCACCGAGAGCUGGCGAAGAACAAUCUGGCCAUGAGCAACGUUGGGUCCAUCUCUGAGCAGACUCUUGCUGGCGUCAUCACCACCGGCACCCACGGCUCUGGCAUAGAGUACAAGGUUCUCUCUGACUCGGUCCUCGCCCUCACUCUUCUCGUAGCGGAUGGUUCACGCGUCACUUGUUCCCGCAAUGAGAACGCCGACCUGUUUAUCGCCACUCUGUGCGGGCUCGGUUCCACAGGGGUCAUUCUUUCAAUUCAAUUCGAAGUCGAACCCGCCUAUCGACUGAAAGAAGAGCAAGAAUCUGUGCCUUUUGAUGAAUUCGUGUCCAACAUGGACACCCUCGUGCACUCUGCUGAGCAUGCUAGGUUCUGGUGGUUCCCCACAUCGGAUACCGUCAGGUGCAGUUAUUCAAACCGCACUUCCGAGCCUCGAAACCCCGCAGGAAGUUGGUUGUGGCAUUCUUUCCUGGGCCAUCAUGUUGUCCAGCUCUUGCUUUUCGUGGCGCGCUUCUUUACGUUCCUUAACCCCCUGAUCGCCAAUUUCGCAUGCUGGCUUGUGAGUGAGAAGACGGUGGGCGUUGAUGAUAGCCAUCGCAUAUUCAAUGUCGACUGCAGGUAUCCCCAACAUACCACUGAAUGGGCAAUUCCUCUGAAACACUCCCAGGCUUGUCUUCGUGAACUUCGCGCGUGGCUGGAGCAGGAACAUGCCGACCCUCAUGGUAUCCGACCCCACUUCCCCAUAGAAAUCCGCGUGUCCGCCAGCGAUGACAUCUGGCUUAGCCCCAGCAACGAUAUCACACUAUUUUCCUCUCUAAAAUGUGAUCCGCUCAGGCCAUACGGAUUCAACGUACCAUAUCGCCGAUUGUUCGAGGGGUACGAGGCCAUCGUCGCAAAGUAUGAAGGCCGACCGCACUGGGCCAAGGCUCACAAACUUCGCCCUGACACCCUCCGCAAAAUGUACCCUCGAUUUGACGACUUUGUCCGCAUCAUCGAAUCUGUCGAUCCUCAAGGCAUCUUCAGGAACGACUACGUCCAACGCCAUAUCAUGGGAAGGCCCAUCGAUACCCGAGUUUACAAGCAACGCAGGGAUUGA